UGUGUGUGGUUGUCUAGGUGAAACAUGUCUGCCGCCGAGGAGGAUACUGAGCUUCGAGACCUGCUCAUCCAAAACUUGGAAAACAGUGGAGUUUUGAAUAAAAUCAAGGCUGAACUACGGGCUGCUGUGUUUCUUGCUUUGGAGGAACAAGAGAAAAUAGAAAGCAGAACACCUUUGGUCAAUGAAAGCUUAAAAAAGUUUUUGAAUACCAAAGAUGGGCGCUUGGUGGUCAGCCUCAUCAUGGAUUUUCUGCAGGUUUUUAACUUAGAUUUUACAUUGGCUGUUUUUCAACCGGAGAUAAACACACUAAAUGGGUUAGAGAACCGAGAGGCUGUGGCCAAGGAGCUGGGCAUUACAGAGCCCGAGGGAAACAAGGUUACACCGCUGUUGUUGGAGGUAAUAAGGAGAGGCCGCCACAAGGAGAAAAUCGGCUUUGCAGAGGGGGAUCGGGCUCUUCAUAUUCCUAAGGAACUAUCACCUAAACAGAUUGCUGACGCUAGGAAAAACUUUGACCAUUAUGACAAGGACAAAAAUGGUGAGAUAAGCAAAGAUGAAUUGAGAACUGUCUUCACUGAUCUUUUUCCUAACUUUCACAAGAAUAUGCUGGAGAGAUACCUUACAGAUGAGUUCAGAGCUAUGGACAAAGACUUCAGUAAUUCAAUAGACUUCCAUGAGUUUCUGGGGAUGUACAAGCGUUUAUUCAUACAGUGUAGAAGUGUGGUUGCAAAUGAUGUCUCUGACAUUGUUCACUUGCCUGGUAAGUCUACUGAGGAGAAAAGAAGUACUACUUCUCAGCCAGCCAGCAAGGAUGAAGAGAUACCCAGAUAUAAAGGAUUUGUUAAACAGAGAGAGGAGAAGGCUGGUAAGAAGAUGAUGGAAGCCAGCCAUAGUGAUACAAGCUUGCCAUCUUUGAAGAGUAAAAGCAUCGUCCACACAUCAGCCAGAGAAUCAAAGCAAAGCGAGAACAGCAAAGGAACGUCUCUGAUGAAGAAAGAACAAGAUUUGGAUGUAGAUGAAGAGGAUGAAGGUGAUUCUUUCUUUGAUGAUCCACUUCCCAGACCUCAGAAAACAUACGGCUGUCUUUCCAUGGCAGAUAAAAGUAUUUCAGGGACAAGUGUCCCUGAAAACAAGAUGAGCAUUAGUCCCAAAGAAAUAAACUGGCCACAAAAGGACAAAAGUAUUUCAUUUUCGCAAAUGAAGAAGAACAGUAGCCUGAAUGACCUCUCUGCUAUAAACAGUGACACUGAUGAAGAUGCAGAGGAUCGUUUUGCAGAAAAUGAUAACAGGUACAGCCUAGAUGGGAGGAGAACUGACUCUGCUAAACCACUUGGAAGCCUCACCUCUUUGUCAGAUGCACCUCCUCUAAAGACAAGUUUAGGAUCCACAGAUGGGGAAGCACCACUGAAGCCAAUUUCAGAAAACAGGAAUGGUAAUGAAAAAGACAGAGGAUUGAAAGACUUGACAAGAACAAAUGACAAAAUAAGUUCCCUUGGUUUAGGAUAUGAAGAUGAAGAAUAUGAUGAUGAUUUUAACAGCACCAGUCAUCAGUCAGAUAAAACAAAAAGUGAGGUAAGCAUUGGAGAAGAGAUCGAAGAGGAGGUCUCCAUCGAAGGGGCAGAUUUCAGUACCACUGACAAGCUUGAAGACCUAACUCUGGAUCACAGCAUUUCACAGUUCAGUAACUCUGCAGACUACAUGGAGGGAGUAGAAUAAAUGGAAUAUAAGUGACUGUGUAUCUGAAGAAAGGCCUGAAAACACACCUGGUUCUAGUCAGUCUUUUUUGAGUAAAUUAUGGAGUUCUUAAAUGUUGGUGAACUAGAUUUUACUACAAUUUUCAUUUUUAUGAAAUAAGAUGCUUUUCAGAAAAAAAGUUAUGUCUGUGUUUGGGUGCACUCCAGAAACCAUGCCAAGAAAGAAAAGACUGUUGUGAACCCUUUACGAAUAUUGUGCAUUGUCUGGAAAGUGAAACUAGAUCACAGCAGAAUCUACUGCUGUGUUGUUAAACGAACAGUUUUGAACUGUAGCAGCAAAGAGAUUAGUCAAUACAAAGCUAUUGCAACUAUUUAAGGUGUAGUACUGUACUGUGACUGUUGACAAACAUAAUACAUUAUCUUUCAAGCGAAAACAGAUGGCUGUGACAAAGGUUUUGAUAACUGCUAAGAAUUUAUGUAUGGUACACUUCUUUAAAUGGUACAAGGUUUAUAGAGCUACUCAGGGGUAGAGAAAUGUACCACAUACCAAUGCAAAAAUAUGAAAUUUUGUGUACUGUCGUUUGAACCAAACCGCCGUGUAAAUAUUUUGAUGCACCCAUGCAUAAAAAUCAUCUUGAGAAAGAUAUCCACAUUUAGGAUGUCUCUUAUGGCUUAAGAGAUGUUUAGUACUUUAACCAUUAAGAUUGGGUUGAGAAAAAAUAGUGUAAUUAUGCUAUAUUAAAUACCUGCUACCACAUACUUGCUAAUGUGUUCCAUAAAUGUAUUUAUUAAACCCAAAGUGGGUUUGAAAACUGAGUUAAUUCUCCUAUCUUUUUUUUUAAUAUAGUUGUUGCCUAGAUUUUGGUUUAGUAAACAGUCAUGGAACUCAUUGUCAAGUUUGUGAGAUUUAUUUUAGGUUGAACUUUAAAAUGUGUACCUUCUGCACAAGACUUUAGUGAUUUGAUCAUUUGAAACGGUAUGACCUUAAGACACUAAUUUGCUAUACAUCAUAAGGAGUUUGUGAAAAGUAUUUUUUAGGGGACAUUUUGUGUAAAUAUAAAAUUGAAUCCCUGUCUUGUCUGGUAUGGUCCUCUUGGAACAACAAUCGCAAAAGCCUUUGGGAAAUAAUUUGUUAUAAAAAAAAGACAGGCAGUGAAACGUGAAAAUUUAUGUAUUGAACUCACAGGUAAUCUUUAGUGCACAAGAAAUCUUUUUAAUUGCUGUUAAAUUGAUAGUCAGUGUAUUAAAAAAUAAAUUAUCACAACACCUGUCUAAUUCAUUAAGGACAAAACUGUGGUAUGUGUACCUGAAUUUAAAAUAUCGAAAAAGGUUCAGACUGUGCAGCAUCUGAACAGAGUCUAUUCACUGGACAGGGUUUCAGAGUUUGUUUACUUUUUGGUUUCAUCUAUCAAUCAUAGCAAAAUAAAGUUAGUAGAAUAGGGUUUUUAAUGCUAGCAACAUUUGUUGUCUUGUUCUUUUCAGUCUUUGUUACCAUAGUAGUAGUAAUAAGAAAGGUUACAAAAGAUAGAUCAGUUCAGACCAUUUAGCUUUUUUGGUUGCCAGUAGCUAAUUGAUCCAAAAAUCCUAAGAUCUUAUCAAGUAACAUGUCUGAGUCGCUCAUACUACACUUCCCCAAACCUUUUUGUAAACAAAUGACACCUGUUCUCAGUAUUCAGUGCACUUUUACAUAGUUUCCAGUUCUCUUCACAUUGUAUUUCACAGCUGAUCAGAAAAAAAUCUAUCAAACCAAAAGUAACAAAGGAGGAUAAGUUAUUUUAUCACUGGCAUGUUUCUGGUCUCUUUUUUAAUACGGUGGUCAAAAGUGUUAUACCUAUUUGCCCAGUUAAAUUCAAAUGUGGAUAGCAUUUUUUUUUCUAGUGUUCACCUGACAUGCUGCUGUUCACACAUAUAUACCAAUAUGGCUGCACAGUUGCCGCUUUGUUCUCACAUUGCAAACAGACUCUGUUGGCAAGCAUUACACUGACUUCAUCAUCAUAAUAUUACGCCUGGCCACAGCAGCUUCGCAACACAAGAAUGUGUGCUUCUGGAACUAAUCUAAAUGUUUAUGACUACCUUUUUUCAAAUGCAAUAUUAAUUUUAAAAAUUGUUCAUUGUUCAUUUAUAGGGAAAGCAUCCACUUACUCUUAAAGCUUGAUUUAUUUUUCCACGUUUUUUUACUUCUGUUUUUAUGUGUUAAAAUUGAAACUUUUUUAGCCACACAACUUCCAACUUUUAAAAUGGAGUUUAAAUAUAUCUAGUAUAAUAGAGCAUUUCAAAAUUUUUUUCAAUCCAUUUUAAUUUUAAUCUCCCUAGUGGACCAUACAAUUUUCACUAGGAAUUUAGAAUGUCAGCAUAGGUUUUCAAGUGGAACUAAAUUCAUUUGCUGUAUCACAGCAGUGCCAUAAUUAGUGAAAAGGUACAUGUAUCACUAGACAUUAUCAUGCUGUGUAAUUCCUUUUUUUUGUGCCAACAUAAAGUAUUUGUAAAGAUACCUUUAGUGAAACCAGAAAAUAGGUUAUGCCAUUAAAUUUAAAUGAUUAUACCACAUCAAAACAGGUAGAAUCCCUAAUGUAACAGGAAAGGAAAAAAGCAAAGCACAUUUUUCAUCUUGCAUGGUGACCCUGAUUUGGAAAUACAGUGUGACCAAAUUUACUGAACAAAUGUGGCUUAUGGUUUAAUGAUGAUUAGAAUAGAUAUAUAAAACCUCAAAUAUAGUUUCCAAUUUAUCUGACGGCAGUUUUAUAUUGACUUUAUUGCAGUCACAAAAUAAACAGUUUUAUUGGGUAUUUAUAUGAAUAUUUCAGUUUAUUUACUACAGUAUAGUAGAAAGACCAGAAUUAUUCUUUGUGUUCUUCAUUUUUUCUUUUCCAAAGAAAAAAGGUUAUUUUUUUAUGUUUUUAAUGUCUUUGAAGUGUAUAUUUUUACAUGGCUACAGUUACAGGUUAGCAAAAUGCACAGCUGUAUACAGUAAAUGUGAAUCGCUUUAGUUAAAUGAGUUUAAUUAAAUUUAAGAAAAAUCAGUUGUGUUCAAGCUGUGUGUGUCUGUUCAUAACAGGACAAAACACUGCAAGACAAUUAGCAUUACUGUAGGCUUUGUCAUGUACAGAAAAGUUAAAAUUCCCAACUCUGUUUUAAUUGAAAAUAGAUGUUGUGACUAUUCAUAAAACAGACACCAGAAGUAGAGGAUACAAAUGGAAAUGAAAGUACAGGCUUAUUCAAGCAAAAAGAGAAAUGGGGAAAUGCAGUAUAGAGUGCUUUAAAGAGAGGUUGAGUUUUUCCGCUGUACCAAGUCUCAAAGCAUUGUAGGUUAAGCACCAGUAUUUACAGGUUUCAGUGUGCUAUAGCCAUACUAUUGAAUACAUUCACAUUGUAUGAGUAUGGACUCAGGAUAUUAAUAAAUGUUUGCAAUCGACAUUUCA